CCCUGUGCUGCCCGCAACGGCUGUACCUGAAAACAAACAACCAAUUGCAGGCUACCCGAAUCCCCAAUUGCUGGUAUUUGAAGCUUAAUCGCAGGUCUUGCCUACUCCAGAACAUCACCUGUAGAGUUACAAGAUGGCUUCGGUGCGAUCGAGAAGCGCGAAAUCUUUCGAGAUCCACCACGACGAGAUGGGGGACGAGUCAAUGGAGGAAGAGCACAGAAUGGAAGACUCAAGGGCGGAAAUAGACGAAGAUCACGAGAACCAGGAGGAUGCGUACUCAGAAAUGUCAGAAGAAAGCGACGGAGUUGUUGAUCCCACCGUUCAAGAAGACAUGGACAAAUUCCAAGAUACUUUUAAAGGUCUUAAAGAGCGCUUCCGACUGAUCAAUCGCAUUGGAGAGGGAACAUUUUCCACUGUAUACAAAGCCGAGGAUCUGAUGUACGAACAUUACCAAAACGAGUGGGAUGUCGAGGAAAAGGAAAAUUCGCAAUGGACUUCACCACCGUUAAAAAAACAACGAAGAGAUAUAGAAUCGUUGGCAGAGAGGAAUGAAUAUGCACAGCAAAGACGGCGGCCGAAAUUUGUUGCGAUAAAGAAGAUCUAUGUCACCAGCAGUCCAUCACGAAUUCUCAACGAACUGGAACUUCUCAAUGACCUUCGCGGCUUCGAUUCAGUCUGUCCUCUCAUUACAGCAUUUCGAUCCACAGACCAAGUCGCAGCAGUCCUACCCUAUUUCAGGCACACCGAUUUCCGCGAGUACUUCAGGAAGAUGACCGUCCACGACAUGCAGAUAUACUUCCGCUCACUAUUUCGCUCCCUUGCUGCCGUACACUCCAAAGGCAUCAUCCACCGGGACAUCAAACCCACCAAUUUCCUCUACGAGCCCGACAAGCAGCGCGGCGUCCUCGUCGACUUCGGCCUCGCCGAACGAGAAGGCACAGACGCAAAACCCUGCCUCUGUCAAGAAUCCGCCUUCGACCGUCGCCGGCGCAUCACCAACUCCGUGACCGCAACCCAAGGCCCCUCAAACGGCUACCCCAAGAACGACUCUCGUCCUUCAAGACGUGCAAAUCGCGCCGGCACACGUGGUUUCCGCGCCCCAGAAGUCCUCUUCAAGUGUACAGAACAAAGCACCAAAAUCGACAUCUGGUCCGCCGGCGUGAUGCUGCUCACUAUCCUCUCUAAGCGCUUCCCAUUCUUCAACUCCGCCGACGACGUCGAGGCCAUGAUUGAAAUCGCCACGAUAUUCGGCCUCAAGCGCAUGAAAUCUUGUGCCUACUUGCACGGCACCUCGUUUGAGAGUAACAUCCCUACCAUCGGCAAUGUAGGUUUCACGCUUGAGAAGAUCAUUUUGUGGUCUACGUGCCGUAAUGAUGGCGGCAAGAACGGAUGUGAGCUGCCGCUCAGUCCAGAGGAGCUGUUGGCAGUAAGGUUUUUGGAACGCUGUUUUGAGCUGGAUCCGAAUAAAAGGAUUAGUGCGGACGAGGCGCUGGAACAUCCGUUUUUGAAGGAGGAGAUUGGGGGACCGGAGACGUAUACGGAUGAGGAGGAUGAGAUUGAGAUGAUUUGAAGUUGGUGACUUGUGUUGUGUUUGUACGAUAUCAUGGCGAGAUGAAGUGGAAUUGGACGGUUCUUGGAGUUUAUGGAAGCAUUGUAGCAUGGCGGAUGGCGUUUUCGUGUACAUAUAUACAUAUACAUAGCUAGCGGGUGUAUCUGAGCGAGGGGAGUGUAUUUACUUGAUAGCUUGUUGAUGAGUCUGGUCGAGAUACCACUUAAGUAGUGUAGCAUACAGGAAUCAAGAAAUGAACAAAGGAUUAUUGAAAGCGAGCAUGUUCAGUCUGGAAAGAGGAUACGCUGAUAAGGUAAAUAAUGUGACCCCUCGAACAGCCAGUUGCCUGAAACGGAGAUAAACAAGAUAUGGAGAAGUCAAAAAGUGGAUGGAUGGGAGAGUUGGUCGUGGUUCUGGUCCCUUAAGAGUACCAUAAAUCUGUCUUCAGCGAUACCCUUAAGAGCGGAUUCAUGGUUUGGUUUGAAGUUUGUGCUUUUCAUUUGUGAUUCGUAUGAACUCCUG